AUGCUGCCGGAUUGGGAAGGACUUUCUUAUGGGCCGGGAUUGCGGGUGUGUGCUAUCCCUAGAGCCGGCAUUCCAACUAAAACGAGGGGGAUCGUGGAAUACACUUGUCCCAGGUGCGAGUCCGGCUUUAUCGAAGAAGUCACGGAYGAUUCCAGCUUCCUGGAUGGCAGCGGCUUGGACGACAGCCCGUCCACGCAGUUCGCAGAGCUUUGGGACCAUUUGGACCACACGAUGUUCUUCCCGGACUUCCGACCCUUCCUGAGUAGCAAYUCACUGGAUCAGGACAGCAGAGACAACGAGAGGGGCCACCAAGCACACGCCGACCUGUGGGGCCCGAGCCGGCCGCCGCGACUGCCCAUGACGAGGAGGUACCGGUCCCGGGGCAGCUCGCGCCCCGACAGGUCUCCUGCUAUCGAAGGGAUAAUACAACAGAUCUUUGCAGGCUUUUUUGCGAACUCAGCGAUUCCUGGCUCCCAGCACCCUUUUUCCUGGAGUGGGAUGCUGCACUCGAAUCCCGGGGACUAUGCGUGGGGACAGAGCGGCCUCGAUGCCAUUGUYACCCAGCUCUUGGGACAGUUGGAAAACACAGGACCGCCCCCAGCUGACAAAGAGAAAAUCUCAUCUCUCCCCACAGUGACAGUAACUCAGGAACAAGUCGAUACGGGUCUGGAGUGCCCGGUGUGCAAGGAGGACUACACGGUGGCGGAGCAGGUCCGGCAGCUGCCCUGCAACCACUUCUUCCACAGCAGCUGCAUCGUGCCCUGGCUGGAGCUGCACGACACGUGUCCCGUGUGCCGCAAGAGCCUGAACGGCGAGGACUCGACCCGGCAGCCGCAGAGCCCCGAGGCCGCAGCCAGCAACAGCUUCAGCAGCGACAGCCACCUACACGACCGAUGGACUUUCUGAUGCCGUGGGGCUGCCGGCGCCCCGGCCGCGCCGUUCUUACCACAGAUGUACAUUGUGUUAUAACUCAGACACCGAGAGUAGCAGGAAAUAGAGGGCAGGGGAGGGAAUCCACCCCCGUGGUAUUACUGCAAUGAGUGCUGUCUUCUUCCUGAAACUUUAAACUAGCAUCUCCGAAUCGCGUCUCCAUCGGAAUCGCCUCUGUAGUCCUAAAUUCAGAGUCUUUGAGUGAUUUGACUUGAUUUUAUACUUGUGAAACCUUUCCGCAGGCAGGGCCCCUGUGGAGGGGCCAAGGAGGGCAGGGAGCUCCAUGGGCCCGGCCCGCGCUCCGUGUCCCCGCCACGGAAAGGUGGCAAAGGUGGGAAACGCCUCCGUGUUCGGGGCUUCCCUCCGGCCACAGGGGGCAYGGAAACAAGACGAGUUUUGUCUCUUGUCCCCUGGCCCCUUUCC